AAGAAAUAGCAAUCCCCGCGCGGCCAUUGGCUGCUCUCCGUUAGUGCCCGCCCCCCUCGUCUCGAGGGGAGCUCGGCGGCUGGGACUAGCUUGCCGCAGCCGGAGCGAGUCGUUCGUUUCCCUCGGCGGCGGCCGUCAACCAUGAAGUUCGUUCGCUGCAUCAUGAAGACCGCCGCGCUGGCGAGUCUCCCCAAACACAUCGAGCACUUCUCCAAAUUCUCCCCUUCGCCGCUCUCCAUCAAGCAGUUCCUGGACUUCGGAUCCAUCAACGGCUGCGAGAAGACGUCCUUUGCCUUCUUGCGACAGGAGCUGCCGGUGCGGCUGUCCAACAUCAUGAAGGAGAUUAACCUGCUGCCCGACAAGCUGCUCACCACGCCCUCGGUGCGAACGGUGCAAGGCUGGUACAUCCAAAGUUUGAUGGAGAUCCUCGACUUCCUCCACAAGAACCCGGACGACCACAAAGUCCUCGGAGAGUUCGUGGACGCCCUGGUGACGAUCCGGAACCGCCACAACGACGUGGUGCCCACCAUGGCACGGGGCGUCAUGGAGUACAAGGAAGUCUUCCCGCAGGACGCCAUCACCAACCAGAACAUCCAGUACUUCCUGGACCGCUUCUACAUGAGCCGCAUCUCCAUCCGCAUGCUCAUCAACCAGCACACGCUCAUUUUUGACGGCACCACCAACCCCGUGCACCCCAACACCAUCGGCAGCAUCGACCCACAAUGCCAGGUGGGCGACGUGGUGCAGGAUGCCUUCCGCAGCGCCAAGAUGCUGUGCGAACAGUACUACCUGCGUUCGCCGCCUCUUAUUCUACAAGAGCUGAACACCAAGAAGACACGGCAGCCCAUCGGCAUCGUGUACGUGCCCUCGCACUUGUACCACAUGCUAUUCGAGCUCUUCAAGAACGCCAUGAGGGCGACCAUCGAGACCCACGAGAACAGAGAGCUGCCGCCCAUCCGGGUCCUGGUGUCUCUCGGAGGAGAGGACGUGUCCGUGAAGGUGAGCGACAGGGGCGGCGGCGUUCCCUUCCGCCGGAUCGACAACCUCUUCAGCUACAUGUACUCCACAGCGCCGGCGCCACAGAUCGGAGAACACGCCCGACCGCCGCUGGCCGGCUUCGGCUACGGGCUUCCCAUCUCGCGUCUCUACGCCGAAUACUUCCAGGGCGACCUGCAGCUGUACUCCAUGGAGGGCCACGGAACCGACGCCGUCAUCUACUUGAAGGCGCUGUCGACCGACUCCAUCGAGAGGCUGCCGGUGUUCAACAAGACGGCGCUGAGGAACUACAAAGUGAGCCAGGAGGCGGACGACUGGUGCAUCCCCAGCAGAGAACCUCUGGACCUGAGCAACUACAAGGUGGCCAAGUGAAGCCGCGUCCUUGUCGUGGAAACCCCUCUGCCACCCCCCUUCGUCCCUCAAAACAAAACAAAAAGGGCCUUUGCAUCUCCCCCUCC